UAUUUCCCUCUCCAUAUAUAAAGGACCCCGAAAACCCUAGUUUGCUCCUCUGAGAAACGGGGAGGCUUAGAGCUACAACACCAGGAAGAGCAUUUCUCUUCCCUAACAGAACCUGAGCCGCAGUAGCAAGCAACUCCAUCGAAAAUGAAGUUCAAUAUUGCAAAUCCUACCACUGGUUGCCAGAAGAAGCUCGAGAUUGACGAUGACCAGAAACUCCGUGCAUUUUUUGACAAACGUAUCUCACAAGAAGUCAGUGGGGAUGCCCUGGGUGAGGAGUUCAAGGGUUAUGUGUUCAAGAUCAUGGGAGGUUGUGACAAGCAGGGUUUUCCAAUGAAACAAGGAGUUCUAACUCCUGGCCGUGUUCGACUUUUGCUUCACAGAGGUACACCAUGCUUCCGUGGAUAUGGCAGGCGAAAUGGAGAGCGUAGAAGGAAGUCUGUCCGUGGAUGCAUUGUUAGCCAAGAUCUCUCAGUUUUGAACUUGGUUAUUGUCAAGAAAGGUGAGAAUGAUCUGCCUGGACUGACAGACACUGAGAAGCCUAGAAUGAGAGGUCCUAAGAGGGCAUCAAAGAUCCGUAAACUGUUUAACCUGUCAAAGGAGGAUGAUGUCCGGAAGUACGUCAACACUUACCGCCGUACUUUUACAACCAAAUCUGGUAAGAAAGUUAGCAAAGCUCCCAAAAUUCAGAGGUUGGUGACUCCCUUGACUUUGCAAAGGAAGCGUGCUAGAAUAGCAGAGAAGAAGAAGAGAAUUGCAAAGGCCAAGGCUGAGGCAGCCGAGUAUCAGAAGCUCCUUGCAACCAGGUUGAAGGAGCAGCGUGACCGCCGCAGUGAAAGCUUGGCAAAGAAGAGAUCUAGAUUGUCUGCUGCCUCAAAGCCUUCUGUUGCAGCAUAGAUUUUUCAUAUUGCUCUGAGUAAUGUCAUUCCUUAAAUAGGUUAUGUUGAUGGUUCUUCAGAUUUUGUGGUGGAGUUAAAACAUUUCCUGCAUUUGUAGCAAUUUCAAACAUAUCUGAAAUUUUUGGUUUCAUCUUAAUAUGUUGUGGCAUUGUUAACCAUUUCA